AUGUCUGGAACGGAUAUCGACAAAAAGAGCAUAGUAGCGAAAGUUGAUAUGGAGUUAAAAAAAGGUGGAACGUUCGACAAACUACGGAAACAAGUGACGGAACAACUAAAAAAUUCAGAAAUGCUUCAAAGAAUAGAGAAAGAAGCUCUGGAUAAUGUCGAUGAAAUUGUGAACACCUCUAAUUUAACAAGAGAAGAAAUACAAAGAAAAAUCCGUGGUUAUAUCGACAGCCAUCACAAAAUGCGUAAUGACAUUAAUCGACAGACCCGCGACGAACUGAAUAAGCCUUCCGUUCGAGAUAAACUACGAGAAGAAAUUGAACAAAAAGUAACUAAACAAUUGGAAGAUAUGGUAUAA